GUUCCCCGCCUCUUUACACUGAGACCACUUGUCUUUGAAACACAGUUCAGUCACGAACAUUACAGCAGUGCUGUCGCACCAUGCGCACGACAAUGAACUUCACCCUCCUGUCACCUAUACUCUGUAUCCUCAGUUGGAUCUCUGUCUCACGUUGUGAAUUUCACGUUGUGGAGGUCCAGACCGGUGAAGAGGUCACUCUGCUGUGUACCAACUACACCAUUUCCCCCUCUCACAUAUCAUGGUUCAGACUGGAAAACGGAUCCAACACCAGCCACAUCUCCUCCAUGCUCUCCCUUGACAGAGGUGCAUCAUACUUCAAUGGGUUUGAAGAAGAAAAGUUCAACAUGACGUCCAACGUCAGUAAAGUCUUUCUCCAAAUCAAACAAGUGGAUUUAUCUGACUCUGGACUCUAUAUAUGUGGCUAUAGCCUGGGCACCGACUCCAGAAAAUUCCCAGCAGUUUACAGUGCAACGUAUUUAAAGGUUAAAGAACAGUCUGAUGAACAAGCAAAUCUGACCAUUGAGAUCCUCAUGGGCGGUCUGAUUAUCGUCCUCAUUAUAAUCAUCAUCGCUCUGGUUCUUAAAAUCUGGAAACUUCAUACAGCACAUAAAGAGGCACAGGAUCUACAAGACAGUAAGAAUGUGGGCUCUGAUGACCUGAACUACGCAGGACUGAGUUUCCUUCCAAGAGCGGAGCGGAGCAGAAGGCCUGCUAGAGAGAGAGAGCCGGAGCCUAAUGUUGUGUACGCCACCACCAAGCACUCAAGAAACCACCGGAACUGAAGCUUUGUUUUAGUCAUGACCUCCGGGGGAUGUCCGGAGAAUGGGGAUCGGACUUCCUGCUGUGUUUGCCUUUCAUAAAUGAACAAAUCAGCAGGAGAUUUUAUAUCAAUCAGUAUUGUUGUAAUCAUAAUCCACGAUCCACCACCACUAUCAUAUGCCACCAUCAUCCACAUUUUUUAUUCAAAUAAAAUGUAUUUCCACCAUCACCUAGGUGGACGUCUGCUGUCUGGUGGAACAUCACUUGUUUUACAGGAAGUGACAGUUAAGGGUUAGGGUCAAAGGUUAAUCUGACUCUGAAUAGUUCACUGCUACAGAGACGUUUGAGAAACACAUCAGCUGCUGCGUCAGUAUUGCUGACAUUUGCUUCAGCCCCUCCACCACUCCAGCAUCCACCUGUAGGCUCUGACGGGGGUUAUGAGUGUUUGUUCAUCACUUCAAUCAUAUCUAUGUAAUCAUAUCUGGGAGAGUGAAUAAGUCAGAGCCUAUAGAUGCCAAACAAUGACCUGUUCUACAGCUGCAAUAAACAUUUGAAAGCGA